AUGGUCGACAGGCCUAAUCCACAGCCUGCGCAGCCGCCACCGCCGCCGCCGUCUCAGGCACCGGCGUCUCUCUCACUAUCCUUAUCAUCUUCAUCUUCUUCGUCUACCGCUACCGUCAACAACUCCUUUGCGGCUGGUCUGACCGCUUCAACACCUACUACACUGUCAGCCCGUUCAUCCCCACAAGAUUCAGCACCUCCGCUGCCGCUACCAUCAUCUUCAUAUUCGUCUUCUGCGACCACUACUCCGGUUUUAGAGUGGGACGUUGAUCGCGUGUGCAAGUGGAUUGCAGAGCUAGGGCUAGCUAAGUACACGCCUAACUUCCGCGAAGCCCACAUAUGCGGUGCGGCGCUUGUUGCUCUUAAACAGCGACAUUUAGUUGAGAUUGGGGUCCACUCUGUUGGCCACCGGCUACGCAUCCUUAAGUCUAUUUACAAUAUUAUUGAAGCACAAGGUAUCGACACUAGCACUGACCGAUAUAUUCCACCAACUGUCGCGUGUUUUCAACAGGAAGAAGCACGCGAAGCUUCCGCUGCGGCGGUUACGGGGAAAACACCAUCGCCAACAUCUUCUAAUGUCCCUAUCCCUCAAACUCCGUCUGGCCCUAGUGCCGAAAUGAAUGCACUACCACACAUUAUUGAGCUCUUUGUGAUGCGUGACGAACGCAUUUCUGUUCUCGAAACCGAGGUCAGGAGCCUUUUUGACAACUAUGCCAAACUGUCUGAAAAUUAUGCAAAGCUUCGCGAGGAACUUCUUCCAAUCUUCCGCUUGGCUAAGGAGUCCAAACCCCUUCCAAUGCCCGUGGAGGGCCACCUCAACUCACCGUCGCGAAUGUCGCAUCACCAACAAUCCAUAUCACCACCACUUUCUGCCUCAAUCAACUCGGCAACCCCUUCUCCUACUGUAUACCAGCAUUCUCAAAGUACCUCAGCGAAGCAACAACAACAGAUACCCACAUUUUCAGGGCCUCCUGUGCCAACUCUGGGCCCAACGCCCCAGGUCCUGCACAAAGGCUUGUCACGACACAAAAGCGCAAGCCAACAACAUCUUAAUACCCAAACCUCAGACAUGCGCCUUUCACCAACAACAAGCUCCAGCCAGGCCCCAGGCCAAGCCCCUGGGCCAUCAGCAAGUUCACAGGACUGGCUGGAUACAUCUUUUUAUGGUUCCAACGGCGUUGCGCAGCCAGCUCUCAUCACAACCAGCGCACCAUCAAACAAUCUCAUCACAACAACAAUCAUCACCCAAGCACACCUGCCCUCAACCUCUGGAACAGGCAAAAAUACACCUGUUAGCAUUCCUGGGUCCGCUACAUCUUCACUCUUCCCCUCAUCAUCGGACGAAAAUGAUUACGACGACCGGCUGCUGGCUCACAGCAGCAAUAGCAGUUCUGCUGUCCACCUUUCCAUUUCAACUCCGACCUCUGCAUCCUUUUCUAAAAAGCUUCAAAUACCCCAGAGUGCUGCUGCCGCAGUAGCAUCCCAGUUUCACACCAAUUCUGCAUCACCUUCGCCAUCUUUCCAACCAUCACAGCAACCUAAACCGCCACUUUCUCACAGUACUAGUCUCCCACACCCGGGAUCCCAUGAUGAUUACUUUCACGAUGCUCACGAUAUGCGCAGCACGGGGCCGGCUCCCAAAACAAGCUACAUGUCGUUAGCUACAGCAUCCUCAGGUAACCGACCUAGUCCGAUUAUGUCAGCCUCUCCGGCACAGAUUUCUGUUGUUAACAUGGGAGCAUCGUCUGCUAGUGGUGGCCCACAAACUCCUCGCAGCAUGGGAUAUCCAUCGUCCCACAGCCAUGGAUACCCUUCUCACACACAUGGGCAUUCACAUGCUAGCACGCCACAGGGGACUCCUGGGAUCCACGAAUUUGAUAGUGAAGGAACUCUUAUCCCGCACUCCAUGCCGAUGACGCCUGUUGUACCAAGCAAUAACUCAAUUAAUGGUGGCGGUGGCGGUGGCAUGAGCAGCAGUAGCAGCAGCAGCCGGAGUGGAACAGAGCCUAUUAAGGAUUUUAACAUUCCGCCUGAUGUGCCUUGCUACAAGGUUCUACCCGUGAUUGCCAAGAAGCACAAGGUGCGCAGUGAUAAAGUGGAACUGGUGGUGUGCUACGACGACCAAGAGCGGAUGAUUGGGCUCGAGGAACUACCGCUCAAGAUCUUUAAGGAGCUUGAUGCUCAAGGCAAAAAUCCCAUUUUCAUGAUCAGAGAAUCGACUGGCGUCAAAACCAAUGAAGGGUUUGUUGUUAACGGCACUCCAGGUGGACUUUUUUAA